AUGGGCAGCUGCUGCAGCCUGUGGACUUUCGGGCUGCUCGGCGUGCGCUCGGCGGCGGGGCAGCAGCGCAGCCUCCUCUGGGCCCUGGAGCCCUGCGCCUGCGGCUGUGGCGCUCUGCACACCGAAGGAGAAAAAGCUUUUGUUGAAUUCUUGACUGAUGAAAUUAAGGAAGAAAAUAAAAUCCAGAAGCACAAAUCCCUACCCAAAUCUGGAGCUUGGGAGCUGGAAGUGAAUGGAACAGAGGCUAAAUUAAUUCGGAAAGUUUCUGGAGAAAAGAGCACUGUCACUUUCAACAUUAACAACAGCAUCCCACCAACAUUUGACAGUGAGGAGGAGGCCACGCAAGGACAGAAAGUUGAAGAACAAGAGCCGGAAUUGACAUCAACUCCCAAUUUCGUGGUUGAAGUUACAAAGAGUGAUGGCAAGAAGGCCCUGGCACUGGAAUGUCACUAUCCAGAGGAUGAGAUUGGACAAGAGGAGGAGGCUGAGAGUGACAUUUUCUCCAUCAAGGAAGUUAGCUUUCAGGCCACUGGUGACUCUGAAUGGAAGGAUACAAAUUACACACUCAACACAGAUUCUCUGGACUGGGCCUUGUAUGACCAUCUGAUGGAUUUUCUUGCGGACCAAGGAGUGGACAACACUUUCGCAGAUGAGCUGGUGGAGCUCAGCACAGCCCUGGAGCACCAGGAGUACAUCACCUUUCUUGAAGACCUCGAAAGAUUUGUCAAAAGCCAGUAGCACUGUGAGAGACAGCAAAGGCCUUAAUUUUACAGCUACUUUUGGCCAGUGAGCAAAACUACCCUGUCAAUAGAAUCAUGUGCUUUUCAAAUGGUUAUCAUCCUAAUAUCAUGGGGGAAAAAUGACAAGUUUAAAUUAUUGAUCCUGCACUCACGUUUACUAUUCAUCCCAUAUUUUUUUCUGUACAAAUUUAUGUCUGGAUUUUUGUAUAACCUGAUAGACAAUAAAAUUGUUUUAUCUCCUCCAAA